UCAACUAUGCAUAACUCAGGGGCAAUAGUGGUGAAAUAGGUUACAGUAUUGAAGAUCCAACCACAUGUAGAAGAGCGUGUUUUAUGAAACUACUGCUACCUUCGGCUUACACAUGGCUCCAUGCUAUCCAUGCAAAUGCUAAACCAUUCACACUUCGAGAUUUCAAGUUCAACCAUAUUCCUAUUCUUUCUCUUUCUGCCACGAGUUUGACACACACUGACAAAACUUUGGGGAGUUGGGCCAGCCAUGGAAGCUCUAAGAGUUUCUCCUGUUCAUUCUCUUGGCUUUCCAUCCACACUUGACAAAACCCAAUUCGGAAAACUCUUUUGCUGGAGCUUCAACCCAAUACCCAGUUCGUCUUUUUCGUUUGAUCGAAGGAUAGCUGUGUCAAAGUCUAAGUUUUUUACUACCACUUCAUGUUCUGUUUCGACAGAACUCGGUGGCCCUUUUCAGCCUGAGCUUGAAACUCAAACCCCAGAUGGAAACUUUGAUUGGUAUAGCCACUGGUAUCCGAUUAUGCCGGUUUGUGACCUGGACAAGAGGAGGCCACAUGCGAAGAAAGUAAUGGGUCUUGAUGUGGUGGUGUGGUGGGACAGGAAUGAGAGUGGUUGGAAGGUGUUUGAUGAUAGUUGUCCUCAUAGGUUGGCUCCAUUAUCAGAAGGGAGGAUCGAUCAGUGGGGGAGAUUGCAGUGUGUGUACCAUGGUUGGUGCUUCAAUGGCUCUGGUGACUGCAAGUUCAUCCCUCAAGCACCCCUAAAUGGCCCUCCGGUUCACACUUCCAAGAAAGCACGUGUUUCUGUUUAUCCAAGCAUUGUGCAGUACGGCAUUGUGUGGUUUUGGCCUAACACUGACUCUCAAUACAAAGAUAUUAUUAUGAAGCAAAAACCACCCUACAUUGCAGAAAUAGACAACCCAUCAUUUACUAAAUUGAUGGGGAACAGAGAUUUUCCAUACGGAUAUGAGGUCUUGAUCGAAAAUCUUAUGGACCCUGCACAUGUUCCUUACGCGCAUUAUGGACUAAAGCGACCUCCACAUUAUGGUCUAAAGUGGCCUCCACAACAGAAGAAAAAUAAGGCUGAUAGAGAAGGUGGAAUGCCCUCGGAAAUGGUUGUGGAGAAUUCUCAUCGUAAUGGUUUUACUGGAAGGUGGGAGCCUGGAACUAACGAAUUUUUUGCACCAUGUGUUUUGUAUUUUUCUUUGCCUCGUGGAUCAGCAAAUCAAGAUGAUGGAGUUGCUUCCUCAACUGGAACCGAAAAGGAAUCAACAGUACAAAAGAGAGUGGUGUUUGUUUUUAUUUGUGUUCCGGUCAAUCCAGGGAAGAGCAGAUUGAUAUGGACCUUCCCAAGAAACUUUGCGAUUUGGAUGGACAAAAUUGUUCCAAGAUGGAUGUUUCAUGUUAGCCAAAACUUAAUUCUGGAUUCAGAUUUAUAUCUGCUACAUGUUGAGGAGCGUAAGAUAAUGGAAGUUGGCCCUGCCCAGUGGCUGAGAGCAUGUUUUGUGCCAUCAAAGUCAGAUGCUCUUGUGAUAGCUUUCAGAAAGUGGCUAAACAAGUAUGCUGGUGGCCAAGUUGAUUGGAAAGGCAAAUUCCGUGGAGCUCUUCCACCAACUCCUCCAAGAGAACAGCUUAUGGACAGGUAUUGGACCCAUGUGGUGAACUGCAGCAGCUGCAAUGGAGCAUACAAGGGUCUCAACAUCUUAGAAGUUGUGCUACAAGUGGUCUCCAUCGCUCUACUUGGAGUGAUUGCAGCAACCAGACAAAGCAUAACAUCCAUGGUUGCAAAGACUGCUAUGGUUUUAAUAGCACUUCUUUGCUUUGCAGCUUCAAAAUGGUUAUCUCACUUUAUUCACAAAGUCUUUCACUAUCAUGACUACGACCAUGCUUUUCGUUAGUAUGCAUAUUUGGUCAUAGUUCAUGCCAAUAGAACACAAACCACCAUAUGUGAUUCUAUAAAUACUACUACACUGAUAUUAAGAUUAUCAACCAUAAAAGUUUACUGAAAAGAAUUGGAGACUAGUAAGAGUGAACUGAAAGUGAAAAAUAUGGUGUUCUUCUCUGAAUAAUGAAUGGGCAGCAUUGAAAUCGUCUGCCCUG